AUGUUGGGUGAUUUGUAUAAACUUGAUGGUGAGGUUACAUUACAUGGUAAAGUUGCUUAUGUUUCUCAAGUUCCAUGGAUUAUUAAUGGUACUGUUAAGGAUAAUAUCUUAUUUGGUCACAAAUAUGAUGCCCAUUUCUAUGAUAUUGUUUUGAAAGCUUGUGCUUUGACUGUUGAUUUGAGUAUUUUACCAAAAGGUGAUAAAACCGAAGUUGGUGAAAAGGGGAUUUCACUUUCUGGUGGUCAAAAGGCUCGUUUGUCAUUAGCAAGAGCUGUUUAUGCAAGAGCUGAUGUUUAUCUUUUAGAUGAUCCAUUAUCAGCUGUUGAUGAACAUGUUUCUACCCACUUGACUGAUCACGUUCUUGGUCCAAAUGGUUUACUUAAAUCCAAGUGUAGAAUCUUGGCCACCAACAAUAUCAAAGUUUUAAGUAUUGCUGAUAGUUUGAAUUUGGUUAGUGAUGGAAGAUUAGUAGAACAAGGAACCUAUGAUGACAUCAUGAAACAAGAUAAUAGUAAGAUUCGUCAAUUGAUUGAAUCUUUUGGUAAAAAAAGAGAAAAUUCCCCAACUCCUUCUAAACAAAUUGAACUAAAGGAUGGUGAUAAUGACAAUGAAAGUGAAGUUAAAGAUGUCGUUAAUUUGGAAGAUUUGGAUUCUGAAUGUGAUUUAGAAGAAGUUGUCAGUCUUCGUAGAGCAUCUGAAGUGUCCCUUGACGAAGAAGAACGUGCUGGUGAGAAUGAACAGGAAGAAGAAGAAGACGCUGAUGCCAAGGCUAGAAAAGAACAUCUUGAACAAGGUAAGGUCAAAUGGGAAAUUUAUCUUGAAUAUGCUAAAGCUUGUGGACCAAUCAAUGUUGUUAUAUUUUUGGGUUUCGCUAUUGGAUCAUAUUUGAUUAAUGUUGCUUCUACAUUCUGGUUACAACACUGGUCAGAUAUCAAUAGUAAAUAUGGAUACAAUCCAAAUGUUGGGAAAUAUCUUGGUAUUUAUUUCUUAUUGGGUAUUGGUUAUUCCCUGUCCUCAUUGAUUCAAAAUGUUUACUUGUGGAUUUUCUGUUCUAUUCAUGGAUCCAAAAAGAUUCAUCAAGAUAUGGCAGAUAGUGUAUUGAGAGCCCCAAUGACUUUCUUUGAAACCACUCCAAUUGGUAGAAUUUUAAACAGAUUUUCUAAUGAUAUCUAUAAAGUUGAUGAAAUUAUUGGACGUGUUUUCAAUAUGUUUUUCAGUAAUUCCAUUAAAGUUUUCCUUACCAUUGUUGUUAUUAGUUUUUCAACUUGGCAAUUUGUUUUCUUAAUUUUCCCAUUGGCUUUCCUUUACUUUUACUAUCAACAAUACUAUUUGAGAACUUCAAGAGAAUUGAAAAGAUUGGAUUCAGUCUCCAGAUCACCAAUUUUUGCUAAUUUCCAAGAAUCUUUAAUUGGUGUUGCUACCAUUAGAGCCUAUGGUAAAGAAGAACGUUUCAAACAUUUGAACCAAGCAAGAGUUGAUAAAAAUAUGCGUGCUUAUAAUCCAACCAUUAAUUCUAAUAGAUGGUUAGCUGUUAGAUUGGAAUUCUUGGGAUCUAUUAUUAUUUUAGGUGCUGCUGGUUUAUCUAUCUUGACAUUGAAAUCUGGACAUUUGAGUGCUGGUAUUGUUGGUUUAUCUGUAUCUUAUGCAUUACAAAUCACCCAAUCCUUAAAUUGGAUUAUCCGUAUGAGUGUCGAAGUUGAAACUAAUAUUGUUAGUGUUGAAAGAUGUCUUGAAUAUUCCACUUUAACUUCUGAAGCACCAGAUAUUAUUCCAGAUCACAGGCCACCACAAGAUUGGCCUAGUAACGGAGAAAUCAAAUUUAAUGAUUACUCCACCAAAUAUAGACCAGAAUUGGAUUUGGUAUUGAGAAACAUAAACUUGGAUAUUAAGCCACAAGAAAAAAUUGGUAUUGUUGGUAGAACUGGUGCUGGUAAAUCAUCAAUAACAUUAGCUUUGUUUAGAAUUAUUGAGGCAUUUGAUGGUAAUAUUUCUAUUGAUGGUGUUGGUACUAAUGAAAUUGGAUUAUAUGAUCUUAGACAUAGAUUAUCCAUUAUCCCACAAGAUUCACAAGUUUUCCAAGGAACAAUUAGAUCUAAUUUGGAUCCUAUUGAUGAAUUUACUGAUGAUCAAAUUUGGAGAGCAUUAGAAUUGGCACACUUGAAAGAACAUGUUAUUAAAAUGAGUGAAGAAAGUAAAGAUAAAGAAGAUGUAUCAAAUCCAUUAUUGGCCACUGUUAGUGAAGGUGGAUCGAAUUUAUCAAUUGGUCAAAGACAAUUGAUGUGUUUGGGAAGAGUAUUGUUAAAAUUGAAUUAUUCCAAGAUUUUAGUAUUAGAUGAAGCAACCGCUGCUGUUGAUGUUGAAACUGAUAAGAUAUUACAACAAACUAUUCGAUCUGAAUUUAAAGAUAAAACAAUUAUUACCAUUGCUCAUAGAUUAAACACAAUUUUGGAUUCUGAUAGAAUAUUGGUAUUGGAAAAGGGAGAAAUUGCUGAAUUUGAUACUCCUUCAAAUUUAUUGAAAAAUAAAAAGUCAUUGUUUUAUUCAUUAUGUAAACAAGGUGGAUUCAUUGAUGAAGAUGUUACUGAUGUUGAAAGUAACGUAGAAACCCAAUAG